UAACAGUCUCUUUCACUCUCAAACUACCACCACCAUGCGCCUGCUUUCGCUCUUUCCUCUGGCACUCGCGACCGCGGCGUACGCCUCCAACGUCUUGGAUCUUAUUCCGGAUAAUUUCGACAACGUCAUCGGGAAAGGAAAGCCUGGUCUCGUUGAGUUCUUCGCACCAUGGUGCGGCCAUUGCAAGAACCUCGCGCCCACAUACGAGCAGCUCGCAGAUGCCUACUCGCAUGCUAAAGAUAAGGUCGUCAUCGCCAAAGUGGACGCCGACGGUGCCGGCAGGCCUCUUGGGCAGAAAUACGGUGUGACUGGGUACCCCACGCUGAAGUGGUUUGACGCGGACGGCACGGCCACGCCGUAUGAGGGUGGUCGUGACCUCGAUGCCCUCACUUCAUUCAUUUCCUCUAAGACGAACGUCAAAUCCAACAUCAAGCCGCCUCCCCCACCCUCGACGCUCAUCCUCGACACUCAUACCUUCGACGAUGUUGCAUUGAAUGCCGAUAAAGAUGUCAUUGUCACCUUCACAGCUCCAUGGUGCGGCCAUUGCAAGAAUUUGAAGCCUAUCUAUGAGCAUGUUGCCGAGGACUUCCUCUCUGAGUCCAACUGCAUCGUGGCCAAUGUUGAUGCCGAUGCUGAAGCCAACCGCCCCCUUGCGCUCAAGUAUGGCAUCCAAUCUUUCCCCACGAUCAAGUUCUUCCCAAAGGGCAGCGGCGAGCCUGAGGACUACACCGGCGAGCGCACCGAGCAGGCCUUUGUCGACUUUUUGAACGAGAAGUGCGGCACUCAGCGUGCUGUCGGCGGAGGGCUGAACGAGAAGGCCGGCCGUUGGCCAGAGCUGGAUUCUCUGGCGAGCAAAUUCCUUGUGUCGACCGGCGAGGCGCGUGAUGCAGUGUUCAAGGAAGCAUCUCUACUGUCUGGGUCCGUUGGUCCCUCGGCAAAGCACUACCUCCGCGUAAUGGAGAAAGUUGUCAAUGGAACUGAGGACUACAUCACCAAGGAAUCCAGGCGGCUUUCAUCGAUCCUCAGCAAGCGCACGUUGUCUGCCGCUAAGCUUGACGAGAUCAAGAUCAAGGCGAACGUUCUUUCCGCGUUUAAAGCUGAGAAUGUCGAAGCGAAGAUCGAGCGCGCGACUGAGGAGCUCUGAGUUGUGGUCGUCGUAUAGCCCUCACAGCCUCACUCGUUGUAAGGUUCUUAUGCUGUGGCAUUAAAUAUAUAAUUCAUAUGAUCUCCUUGAGAGCGG